AAUAGUGUCAAGUCUCAAAGGGCAUUCGGUGGUAUCAGUCAGAGUCAGAGAGAAGAACCCUUCACAAUUGCACUUGUUUCAUUAAAGUUUACAAAACCAUCACAAUGUGUUGCACAGGAAAGUGUGCACGAUUAGUAGGACUUAUCCUACUACCCUCAGCCUUUUUGUGUAUGAUAGCUAAUUUACUUUUGUUCUUUCCCAAUGGAGAGCAGUUGGAGACAAGACAGAUUUCUCUUCAGGUUUGGCUCAUGGGAGGACUUCUUGGUGGAGGAUUGUUUAUGUUGUGUCCAAGCUGCUCAGCCAUCAGAGCUGGGGGCAAAGGCUGCUGCGGGGCAGGUUGCUGUGGAAACCGUUGCCGUAUGCUGAAUUCUGUGUUGUCAUCUGUAUUUGGCAUUAUUGGAUCUUUCUACUGUGCCUCCGUUGCCUCUGCAGGACUUGCUAUUGGACCGAAAUGCAAAGUUGAGAGUGGAGAUUGGGAAUAUCCUUUUGAGGAAUCAAAAGUAAACAGCAGUUAUCUGGUUGAUAAGACACUCUGGUCACGCUGUAUUUUCCCCGAGAAUGCGGUUCUCUGGCACAUUGUGCUGUUUUCAAUAGUUUUAGGUUUGGGUCUGGUCCAGAUGAUCCUCUGUGGCAUUCAGGUUUUGAAUGGGUGCCUAGGCUGUCUCUGUGGAGACUGCCGUGACAAAAAAGAGGAAGAAGGAGGUCUCUGAGAAAAAAAUUCAACACUGGUUUUAUCACAGACUGGAAUUCUUAAAAGAGGACCUUAACCCAACAGACUCCCAACCUAAAACAUGAAGUGCUUGACUACAAAGGGAUGUUGGGAUGUGUUAAGUUCACUUUAGUGUGUCAAUUAUUACAGAUUAUUAAGUACUAUUAUAUUAAUACAUUGUGUCAAAUAUCAAGCUUAAAACCUUCAUAUCAUUCAGUGGCGUAGCAAGUCCCGGGCCCAAAUGCAAAAAAAUUUACGGGCCCCCUUAAGCCAAAGCCCCCCCCCCAAUCUUGCCCAUUGGCACUGUUAACUAUGGCGUGCAGGUCUGUUAACAACAUAUACUUUUAAUAAGGUAAUCAAAUAUUUGUACUUCACUUUUUUACUUUAAAUUGUAGAUUUAAAUAAAGAAAAACAAAAUGUU